AUCGGCGAUGUACCGAGAAGAGAAAGGAAGAAAUUCUCUUGUUUUUCCCUGUUUUCUUUUGAUACUCGGUUGUGUUCGGCCACGAUGAUCUGGUUGGAAGCUGUUCUUCCUUUGGGAAUCAUUGCUGGAAUGCUCUGUGUGAUGGGAAAUGCUCAAUAUUACAUCCACAAAGCUGCUCAUGGCAGGCCGAAGCACAUUGGAAACGAUGUAUGGGAUGUGGCCAUGGAGAGACGAGACAAGAAGUUGGUGGAGAAAUUCGCUGCUUCUCGCGAUUAGGAAGUGGUUCCAAUUGUCUCGUUUAGAAAGGAAUAAGGUGCUCCUGCAAUCUUUCAGAAUUGUUGUAAGAGGUGUUUUAAAGACAUUUCAUACGAUGAUUCAGUUCCCUAUUGUUUUGGAUGGUAUGAAUCUUUAGAUGUUUGUAGACAAUUUGAGAACCAUGCUGUUUCAGGUCAUCCUAAAAGCUGGCUUGUCAAAUUUACUAGCUUUUACAGAUGCUAUUGGACAUUCUGCAACUGUCUUUAAUUACUGUUACAUAACUUGAGUAUUAGCUACUCUGUUGGAUUUGAGCACAUAUUCCGCGAUUUAAGUGACUGUUGUGUUGACUUAUUGUUAUCGGAAGGUCCAUCUGAUUAAGAGUGCCCAA